AUGGAGAUGAGCGCAAAGUUCUCUAAAGCGAUCGAGGAGAAGAAUGUGGAUGAGAGGGAGUAUUGUCGAGCCAUUGGAUGCCUCAGGUAUUUACUUCACACCCGUCCUGGUCUAUCCUUUAGUGUCGGGGUGCUUAGUAGAUAUAUGCAGUCUCCAAAAGAAUCGCAUGGUGCAGCUUUAAAGCAAGUCUUGAGGUAUUUGCGGGGAACAUGCUCACUAGGCCUUAGGUUCACGCAUAGCAAAGAUCUAAGGUUGUUGGGUUAUAGUGAUAGUUCUUAUAAUGUUGAUUUGGAUGAUGGAAAGAGCACCACUGGGCAUAUAUUUUACCUUGGCAAGAGUCCUAUAACUUGGUGCUCAACUAAGCAAGAAAUCGUGGCGUUAUCAUCUUGUGAGGCUGAGUUUAUGGCAGCAACUGAGGCAGCCAAACAGGCAGUAUGGCUUCAAGAUCUCUUAAGUGAGACGGUCGGAGAGGACUGCAAACGUGUGACCAUUAGAGUUGAUAAUAAGUCAGCCAUUGCACUUACAAAGAAUCCGGUGUUUCAUGGACAGGUGGAGCAUGUGCCCGGGAAUGAACAACGAGCUGACAUUCUAUCAAAAUCGCUUGGUAGGAUAAAGCUCAAGGAGAUGAGAGCUAUGAUUGGAGUUGAAGAUGUGAGUGAAGAAGGGCUUAAGCUUAAGGGGGAGAUUGUUGGAGUAAGCUUGAAGAAAGUUCGAGGAACAAGUAAACCUAUUCCUAUUUGGAUUAUGAACUUUAGAGAUAAGGAUCAUAUUGUGUUUUACUAUUAG